AUGUCGGACGCGGACUUUGAGCAGAUCCGGAAGCUCCAGGCCGAGCGCAAUGCCGCAGCCGCAGCAAAGAAGGGCUCGAAAACCUUUGACCCAGCCAACCAACGGGCGGACACCUCGACCAAGGCCAAGCUGAGCGAAGCUUGGGACACGGAGCUUUAUGAGCGCGGGAACGGAGGCGACAAGUUUGCGGGAUAUCACCGCUCGCUCCCCGGAGCUGACGACGAUGGCGAUGAGGAAAUGGCUGAUGCCGACAACUCGCGUCGUUUGGUUGGCCAGUACACCGCUACCCGUUCCCAGAUCGAUGAGUUUGCGCGCGGAAAUGGCGUCGAGGAGGACGACCCGCUUGCUGGCCGUGGUGAGAAGAGCAACCGUAUCACCGACCGCGAAACAGACUAUCAGAAGCGCCGAUUCGAUCGCGUCUUGACGCCAACACGCGCCGAUCCUUUUGCUGCUAACCGCCAGGACGGUGCCGCGGGGGAGGGUGAGAGCUACCGCAGCAUUAUGGAGCGCCGUGACCUGGAGCGAGAGGAAGACCGCGUCCGCCGUGCGAUUGAACAAAAGGCGAAAGAUGGCCCGAUCGAGGAACACCAGCCCACGCUGAAGGACUCCGCGGACAAGGAAAACGAGAACUCAGUGUCUGGUGAUGCCGCAGGACGCAAGCGGAAGAAAAGGUGGGACGUGGCCGCCACCGAGAGCGCCGAGCCGGCUGCUCCGGCUGCUGCCGAGCCCAAGAAGAGAUCGCGUUGGGAUCAAGCGCCUUCGAUCCCAGUUGUCGGAGCACCAGGGGCAGAACCGAAGAAGCGGUCCAGGUGGGAUCAGGCUCCGUCGGCUACGCCGGUUGGGAACGUUGGGUUGGCAACACCAAUGCAUCCAUCUCAAGCCCCAGUAUUGCCCACCGCCUUUGGCACAGAUGCUUCCGCCCGAUACAUGCCCCUCAGCGAUGAGGAGCUUGACGCGAUGCUCCCGGGCCCCGAGGAGGGCUAUAAGAUCCUUGAACCACCACCAGGCUAUGCGCCCGUCCGGGCCCCGGCGCACAAAUUGGUGUCGGCGCCGACGCCGGCGACGGGGUUCAUGAUGCAAGACCCCAGCACCGCACGGCUGGCGGGUCAACAUGUGCCCAAAGAGAUCCCUGGUGUUGGCGAUUUGCAAUUCUUCAAGGCCGAAGACAUGGCCUAUUUCGGCAAGCUUACGGAUGGGUCCAAGGAGGACGAUCUCAGCGUCGAGGAACUCAAGGAGAGGAAGAUCAUGCGUCUCUUGUUGAAGGUCAAGAACGGCACGCCUCCCAUGAGAAAGACUGCGCUCAGACAGCUUACAGAUAACGCACGCAACUUCGGUGCCGGGCCCUUAUUCAACCAGAUCCUCCCGCUUCUCAUGGAGAAGACGCUCGAGGACCAGGAGCGCCAUCUGCUGGUCAAGGUCAUCGACCGCAUCUUGUACAAGCUGGACGACAUGGUCCGGCCGUACGUUCACAAGAUCCUUGUCGUUAUUGAGCCACUGCUCAUCGACCAGGACUACUAUGCGCGCGUGGAGGGUCGCGAAAUCAUCUCUAACCUAGCCAAAGCGGCCGGUCUGGCGACCAUGAUCAGCGUUAUGCGGCCCGAUAUCGAUCACGUCGACGAAUACGUGCGAAACACCACGGCCAGAGCGUUUGCUGUCGUCGCAUCCGCGCUGGGUAUCCCGGCCCUUCUCCCUUUCCUCAGGGCCGUUUGCCGUAGCAAGAAGUCAUGGCAGGCGCGCCACACCGGUGUCAAGAUCGUUCAGCAGAUCCCCAUUCUCAUGGGUUGCGCCGUCCUCCCCCAUCUCAAGCAGCUUGUCGACUGCAUUGGGCCCAACCUGAACGACGAGCAAACCAAGGUGCGGACGGUGACCAGUUUGGCCAUCGCUGCUCUUGCUGAAGCCUCGAACCCCUACGGUAUCGAAAGCUUCGACGACAUUCUCAACCCGCUAUGGACCGGUGCUCGGAAGCAGCGAGGCAAGGGCCUGGCGGGUUUCCUGAAAGCCGUGGGCUACAUCAUCCCACUGAUGGACGAGGACUACGCCAAUUACUACACCAGUCAGAUCAUGGAGAUCCUGCUGCGUGAGUUUGCGUCACCCGACGAGGAGAUGAAGAAAGUUGUUCUCAAGGUCAUCUCCCAAUGCGCGGCGACCGACGGUGUCACAGCCGGGUACCUCAAAGAGCACGUCCUAGACGAGUUCUUCAAGAGCUUCUGGGUGCGCCGCAUGGCCCUCGACAAGCGCAACUACAGGCAAGUGGUUGAGACCACGGUGGACAUUGGCCAGAAGGUCGGUGUCAGCGAGAUUCUGGAACGGGUCGUCACCAAUCUCAAAGACGAGAGCGAGGCAUACCGGAAGAUGACGGUCGAGACUGUCGAGAAGGUUGUUGCCUCUCUCGGCGCUGCUGAUAUUGGCGAGCGGCUGGAGGAGAGGCUCAUUGACGGCAUCCUGCACGCGUUCCAGGAGCAGAGCGUCGAGGACAUUGUGAUGCUCAACGGUUUCGGUUCCGUCGUCAACGCUCUCGGCACACGCUGCAAGCCAUACCUGCCUCAGAUCGUCAGCACGAUCCUCUGGCGUCUCAACAACAAGUCGGCCACUGUCCGCCAACAAGCCGCCGAUCUCGUCUCGCGUAUCGCGAUGGUGAUGAAGCAAUGCGGUGAGGACGCGCUCAUGGGCAAACUGGGCAUUGUCCUCUACGAAUACCUCGGUGAAGAGUACCCAGAGGUGCUAGGCUCGAUCCUCGGCGCGCUCCGAUCCAUCGUCACCGUCGUGGGCAUCAGCCAGAUGCAGCCGCCCAUCAAGGACCUGCUCCCACGGCUCACCCCGAUUCUCCGCAACCGGCACGAAAAAGUACAGGAGAACACCAUCGAUCUAGUCGGGCGUAUCGCCGACCGCGGGCCGGAAAGCGUCAACGCCCGCGAAUGGAUGCGUAUCUGCUUCGAGCUCCUCGACAUGCUCAAAGCACACAAAAAGGGCAUCCGCCGCGCAGCCAACAACACCUUCGGCUUCAUCGCCAAAGCCAUCGGCCCCCAGGACGUGCUCGCAACCCUCCUCAACAACCUCCGCGUCCAAGAACGCCAGUCCCGCGUCAACACCGCCGUCGCCAUCGGCAUCGUAGCCGAGACCUGCGCCCCCUUCACCGUCCUACCCGCGUUGAUGAACGAAUACCGCGUGCCCGAACUCAACGUCCAGAACGGCGUGCUCAAGUCCCUCUCCUUCCUCUUCGAAUACAUCGGCGAGAUGGCCAAAGACUACGUCUACGCCGUCACCCCGCUGCUCGAAGACGCCCUCAUCGACCGCGACCAGGUCCAUCGCCAGACCGCCGCCUCCGUCGUCAAGCACAUCGCCCUGGGCGUCGUCGGCCUCGGCUGUGAGGACGCCAUGGUCCACUUGCUCAACCUGCUCUACCCGAACUUGUUCGAGACCAGCCCGCACGUUAUCGACCGUAUUGUGGAGGCCAUCGAGGCCGUGCGCAUGGCGGUCGGCCCGGGAUUGGUGCUGAAUUAUGUCUGGGCUGGCUUGUUCCAUCCGGCGAGAAAGGUGCGCACGCCGUAUUGGCGGUUGUAUAAUGAUGCGUAUGUGUGGGGGGCUGAUGCUAUGGUGCCGUAUUAUCCCAACUUGGUCGAGGAAGGGAUUGAUCGGGGGGAGUUGGCGGUUGUGCUUUGA